AUGGCGGAGGGGAGGGCAGCAGGAGAUGGAUGGAAGGAGGGAGGUGUGGAGGCUCAGUGGAUGGGCCCGGCAGUCCUGGGGCUCCUGGUGUGGCCGGCAACUCCGGCAGACAUGGCCAGGCACAGAGGUGGCUUCAGCGGAGCCAAACAGCCCCAGGGGUCAGCAAAAGAAGGCACUUCUCUCUGCGGAGGAGGAGGAAAUGGUGUGCUAAAUUGUACCCUGAUAGAAGACGUGCUGGAGAGGUAUUAUUUGUCCCCUUUCUAUGCUAUCGAGUUCUGCAUCGGUUUCCCUGGCAACCUCUUGGUUGUGCUCGGCUAUAUAUUUUGCCUGCCCGUCUGGCAGAGCUGCAACAUUUACCUCUUCAACCUGGCAGUGUCCGACCUCAUUUUCCUCUGCACGUUGCCAGGCCUCUCCUACCUCUAUGCAAACGACCAAGCCAUAACCAGUCCGUUUGCUUGCGUUAUCAACCGCUACGUCCUGCACGUCAACCUCUACUCUUCCAUCCUCUUCAUGGUCUGGCUUAGCAUGGACCGCUUCCUGCUCAUAAAGCAUCCGAUGAGGGACCACUACCUGCUGAGGCCUCGGGCGGCCCUGCUGGUGUCAGGGCUGAGCUGGCUGGCCGUCAAUGUGGAGGUUGCUCCAAUGAUAGCGCUGAUGGUUCAGGACCUGCAGAGUGAAAACUGGAGUCGCUGCAAGGAUUUUGGAAGCCUGAAGGGUGACGUUAACCCGUUUGGAUACAGCCUGGGGCUCACCUUGACUGGUUACAUCCUCCCCCUGCUGGCAAUGUGCGGUUUCUCCUACCAAAUCACACGUCUUCUCCGUGUCCAAGAAAGGACAAUGCAGAACAGGGGCAAAUCGUACAAGCGGCCUCUCAGGGUCGUUGCCUCGGCGGCGGCCAUGUUUCUGGUCCUCUACACUCCGUACCACGUGCUGAGAAACAUUACGAUAGCGUCCCAUCAGCCCUGGGCAGGAGUGAAGCUCUGCACGGGGAUGUACGUGCAAGGCCUGUACAUCGUGACCCGACCGCUGGCCUUCAUGCACAGCGUCAUCAACCCCGUCUUCUACUUCCUCAUGGGUGACAAGUUCAGGCAGCUUCUGUUUGCUAAGUUCAGGAAGCUGCUCAGACAGACAGCUCCGCAAAGACAACCAGCCUGA